AGAAAUGUAAGAAUGAACAUACUGUAUGUUAACAUACUUAAAAUACAAAAUCCCUUUCUCUCUGGAACAAAGGACUUAGAGUAAAUACAUUGUCCGAUAUAACAUGUUUCUUUAGCUGUAGAUAUGUGUGAGGUCACAGGAAAUCUCUUUAGCGUCUUUGGUGUCAUGGCAGAUUUCUGUGACACUAAGCUGAGGUUAACUCCGAUCUGCACAGGCAACAUUGAUUUUGAUCUAACGACAGACACAGCCGGCUGUACACAAAGAAUAAACAAUUAUGCAUUACACAGUCAUGACUUUGUUUUUGUUUAGGAGUUUGUUUUAGUCGACAUUUACCCAUAAGUAACCUUAAAAAGUCUAUUUAUCAUCAUGUCCUAUGUAGCUUAAUUGAGAAAGGCAAAAAAAGUAUCAAUGCAACUCUACACAGGAGGUUUGACUCUACAUCUUUCUGACCUCACGUGCUUUUUAUAUUCUUGAGAUCUGCCAUUAAAUCCAGCCAACAACCUUAUUGGCUCUGUUACAUCAUGAUCUUCUCUGCUCGACUUCUUUUGGUUCAACAUUAUCAGUAACAGUAUGAAAUGAUCGCCAAGAACGCAACACUUUAAAUCUGUAAAAAAAAAAGAAAAAAAAUAUAAAAUCAAAUAGUACAUUAGUUUAAUAAUUUUUAAAUAAUUUAAAAUUUGAUCAAAUAAUCUCAAGCCUCCAUAUUAUCAGCCUGCUUUGGUUCUGCACUAAUGAAGAAUAAUUUAUUUCAUGCAAGCUCGACUGAGUUAUAUUGACAUUUAAAUAUUGUCUAACUGAUGACCACUGAAGAGAAUUAAAAUAAACAUAAUGGUGUUGUUCAUGUAAACUAAGUAUCCCACAAAAUCAACAGGUGAAAGUCUAUAUACAGACUAGUAGACCUAAGCAGUAUUUCCUACAACAUUUUUUUGUGUAGAAUAACAUAUUGUUCAAAUUUGCCUGAGAUAUUAAUCAAAGAGCUUAUAACUUAAUAACUCAGUUCAAGAUUUGUAAAAGGUUUAAAAGUAUGUGUUUACUUGUUGGAUUUCUGCUGUCGCAAAGUAAGCAGCUGAGGCUAGCUUCUACUUUAUUUCCUUUAGUUUGCUACAGUCUAUAAACAACACAAGUUACAUGUAUUUUAUGGCAGAUCUGUAAUAAAUGUGUUUUUGUAACGAGACGUCCCUUAGAAAGAAAAUUUAACCCACACAGAUCGCAUGUAGAAAAGUCACUCUUAAAGAAAUAUUUGGGGUAAAUUUUAAAUCUGUGUUUUGUAAAUGAAAUAAUACAGGUUUUGAGGUGAUAUUUGUUUAAAUAUUUAUGAUUGAAAAGCUUUUUCAUUCAACUUGAAUGUGUCAACACAAGUGUCAACUUGUAACAUGUAAAUACUCUUUAUGCUAAUAGUUUUGACCCCAUGUCUAACCAUUUCUAAGUUUACUUUUUUCCAUGUAUAAUUCCACAUAAUGUGGUUUUCUCUGUGAGCGCAGUGAAAACUUUCAGCUUGUCUUUUGUCUCUAAAACAAUACUUUUAUGAAAGAAAGUCCUGUCCGGGCUUCAUUAGCAUGGACCUCCUCCUGUGGGGCUGAAUGGAAAUGACAUUUAAAACAAUCACUUGGGCAGAAAACAGCUGCUAAUCACCCUUAAAGGGGAAGGAUUCCAAUUAAUAACCCUCUCCUAAUCCCCUCGUUUCACCUCCUACGCCCCCUCAGCCCCGUCCACCUCUCCCUCUCUCUCUUUCUCUUCUUCCACUGUCCUCCCUGAGCACGAGUGCAUGGCAUCUGAUCAGUGCUGUUGAGCCUCCUUUUUCAACAAGGUCGCAUGGUUUAGAAGCACUUUAUUGGACUGCUUUCUGAGUUUUUCUGUCAAGACUGUUUUACUACAUAGAGGCAUCUUUGCGAGAGAUGAGAGGAAAGCAGAGCCGGCUGAGUGACUGUGAGCAGAGCACACUGCAGCGCUGGGAAGAGUGAAGUUUGAAGGAACAGGUGGAGCACUGGCAUCAGCAACUUUAUUACUUCAACAUAUAACCUCUAAAAGGUGAGCUCCAACACUGUACUGUUGUAUUCCUGUCAUGCCAUUCAAUGACACUCAACCUAACUAUUUUACUUAAUUGGCAACUAAAGAUGUGUUGGUCCGAAAGAUAGUGGUGUGAUCACUGUACACCAAAUAACAAAACUAUGAUACUUUAAAAACUUUGUUUUAAUCAACAGCCAAUAAAGUGAGUCCCUUACAUUUGCUCUUUUACACACGUCUGAAGAUGUACCGACUUUACUUCAAGCGGGACAUCUUUUAUAUGGUUUUCCAUUUCUUUGCCAGCAUAUCUUUACUAAACAACACACAAACUUAAAUUAAUGUAAAGCAACAUGCACUACUUCUAUCAAAAAGUUAAGCAACCUGUAAAUACAUUACUGUGUAAUUCCUAAAAAUAGCACACUGUUUAUGCACCAUUUAAUCAUAUUGUGUUUUGACUGAAAUAAGAAUUAUUUCAUGAGUUUGUAAGUACAAGCAGGAAGCAUUUUCAGUACAAUAACAAGUUAGUGUGAGGUAUUUUGAUUCUGUUUGACUAUUCUGAUAUUUUGUUUGACUUUUAUUUACUUUGACAGAGAAUCAAAGUAUGGCUAACUUUUUCUUUUUUUACAGAAUCUGAGUAAAUGGAAUGCAAAUAGAUUUUUCUUUGCUUAUUAUUCAUAUACUAAAUUAACAAUAUGAGGCUAUUAGCUUUGAUAAUUUAAAAAAAAGGCAGUUUCCCUCAGCACACUCUCCUGUGUGUAUUAUAGCGUUCCAAGUGGAGGGAUCGUCUCUGGACUCCCUGAGUGUCUGCAGAGGAUAAGCUGGUUUAGAUGUAAAAAGGUACUUGGGGACAGUUAUCCAAGGAUCCCAGGUGAUCUCUGACCUGUCCUGCACCCUUAGUCCUUCACUUAAACCCUUUUUUUCCCUUCUGGUCACAGUGCCCAGACGCUCGAAUGCAUUUAUCACUGGAUACCAUGAGCAUGGUGGACGACAGCUGCCUCUCACCCAGCAACUUCCACGAGAUGGGGAAAGGUGGGGGCAUUGCUGCGGGGGGCCGUGUCCACAGCAUUGAUGUCAUUCUAGGUUUCAGCAAAGACCAGGACCCCCUGCUCAGCCCCGCCGGGGGCCCGCGGCCCCAUAAAGUGGACAUAGAUGGUCUGGCAGAGCCUGGGAAGCAGCAGGAGCCCCAGUCACACCCAACAUACAGCGGGCACCUUCCUCUGAGAAAUGGGGGCACAGAGCAGCAGCAGCAGUAUCAUGAUACUGGCCUUUUCACAAACAAGUGUGACGAGGAGCUGAGUGAGCUGAGGAAGAGUGUAGAGAGCGAUGAAGGCAAGUCACCAGAGUCAUGCAAAGACGAUCAGCCCAAGAAGAAGCACAGACGCAACCGCACCACCUUCACCACCUACCAGCUGCAUGAGCUCGAGCGUGCCUUUGAGAAAUCCCACUACCCGGACGUGUACAGCAGGGAGGAGCUCGCCAUGAAGGUCAACCUCCCAGAAGUCCGAGUUCAGGUCUGGUUUCAAAACCGCAGAGCUAAAUGGCGUCGGCAGGAAAAGAUGGACGCCAGCACCAUGAAACUACAUGACUCGCCAAUGCUCUCCUUUAACCGCUCGGCGCCCGUACACACCAGCAUGGGUCCAAUGACCAACCCCCUUCCCCUGGACCCAUGGCUGUCCUCUCCCCUGUCCAGCGCUACACCAGUCCACAGCAUCCCAGGCUUCAUGGGUCCAUCUCAAGGCCUCCAGCCGAGCUACCCCAGCCACAGCUUCCUCAACUCCAGCCCUCAUCCUCCUCAUCCUCAUCCUCACCCUCACCCUCACUCUCACUCUCACUCACAUCCUCACCCCUCUAUGGGUCAGGGAAUGCAGAGUAUGGCUCCUCCGCCCUACCAGUGUCCUGCACCGUACCCUGACAAAUAUCCACUGGAGGACGUGGAUCAGCGCAGCUCGAGUAUCGCUGCACUCAGAAUGAAAGCCAAGGAACACAUCCAGUCUAUGGACAAGACCUGGCAACCUAUGUGACGAAACAAAUAAAGCAUGUUUAACAAAGAUAUGGAUGACACUGGAAAAGAGAGACUUGACGUUGUUUCAACUGUUCAGGGUAACACUUAACUAAAAUGCUGGAAAAUGACAGUGACCUUUCUGUUACCCACAAAGAAAGGACAUGGACGUGUUUGAACUUUGAAAACUGAGGACUUUCUUUGGACUUUCUCUCUAUUUUGUUUUUCUCAUCUCAAGGACUAAAAGCAAACGACUGAACUCUACAGCCAUUCGUUCUCCCUUCUGUCUCUAGGUGUUUAGUCCUGCCUGGGUUGCUGUAAAAGCAAAUGUUUUCUAAGUGACCAUUGUUUUAAUUACUAAGGAAUGCUUAGAUGUUGAUCAAUAUUCACAGUUUGUCUCAUGACAAAGGCAGGUCCAGAAUUUUUUUUUUUUUAAAUGUUCCUCUUUAAAGAUGAGCAAACAAGAAAAUCCCCUUUUCCUAGGGAUUCUAAAAUUUCUUUGCUGUCAUUUCUGUCAACAAUUGAUAAUCAAGUUAGACAAAGCACCUGCUAUUAAGCAGUCCAUUUUCACUUCUCCUUUCUGUUUUUUCCCACUCCGUUUGUGUUUUUACUAAUUAAUCCAAUUGUUGCAUUUUCAUGGGUCAGCUGGUCAGUCUCCCACUUGAGAGUCAAGACUCCUUUUAAUGUGAAAGCAGCUUUUUUUUUUUUUUUUUAAUCAAGGCAUACAGAUACAUAACAAUGUCUCUGACUGCAUAUCGUGUUAAUCUGUUGUUUUAUAUAAGCCGUGCCACCGUGCUCAGCUAAUCUCCCAGCUACACUAUGAUCAACAAUGCUUCUUGCCGGCUGCUGUUUCACUGAUAUAAACUGUUUAACUGGAAGUUGAGGACCGCAGAGGACCAGUGAGGCCUGCUGUCAUUGGAAGAAAUCUUUUUUUGAUAUUGAGGUGAGACACUGUAGAAUAGAUCAGAGAUAUGAUGGCACCUUCUAUGUGGCCCACAGCUGAGAAUAAACCAAAAAUAAUUCUGCACAAUUAUGAUGCACAAUUAUCUGAUUUGUGCUGAGAUGCUUUAAAGGAGGGUGGAGAAAGAAGGAAGGAAGGAUAAAAGAAAGAUAGAUAGAAAGACAGGCUGAGCAGAGUAACCCUCUUUUUGCUUGAGUGGCUGUUGGAGGAGAAGACCUGUUGGCAGCUCACUGUUGGGUGACUGCGUGUACGUGCAGGGCAGCAGAAAGAGCCCUGUGUGAUGCGUCACCCCACAUAGUUUAGUCUUUGUUCGGCACAAUUGAUCCAAGUGUAUCCUCUUUGUUUGAAACUGAAGGGGGUUUUGGGGGGUAGGGGGCACUGCACUAAAGUGCAGGCUGCACUAAAUAGGCCCUUGUAACCAUUUUGUCAUUGAAGGGUUUUUUUUGUCUUAAUCAAAGGAGGAGAAACAUGGGUUGUAGCUGUUGAUGUUUAGUGACACAGUAUCGGUCUUUAACCAUCUGUUAUAGAGUCAAGCUCUGAUUGUUUUUUAAACUUAACCAUGGUGUGUUCAAUAAUGGCAGUACAGCUGGAUACAUUUGUAUUUGGUUAAGCAUACAGAUUACAUCUCACAUACAAACUAUGAACAGGAAGAGAAAUAGUCUAACGCUACAUGUUAACUUUUUUUUGACUGUUGUGGAAAAAGAGAGAGAGAAAGUCCUUGAUGUAAAGUGCAAUUUUAGAAUAACUUUUAUUUUUAUAUCUUCUUUGAACAACUACUGUCCCCUUAACUGCCCUUUCGUAUGGUAUGAUAUUUCACGUAAAUAUGAUGUGAAAGUUGUGUCAACGGUUAAUCAUGUAUCCACACUGAGAACUACAGCAGCAACACAAGUAUAAAAUCAUUUCUGGUUCAGUUAAAAAUCAACUCUUAUACUGCUUACGGGGUUAGAAACACAGUUUGAUAUCUGCUGCUCGUCAUGUGUCCUCAUGUUUUGUAAAGUUGUUGGUUAGUGAUGUUUAGCCUGCCUAUUGGACAAUGCCAGGACCUCAUAUGAGAAAUACCUUUCAAGUACAGAGCGUCCUUAGGAUAUUACAUACAUGUGAUUUGGGACCAAUAAAAAGCCAAAGGUUAGAAAAUGGACAUAUGCACUAGAAGUUUAACAGUUUUUUGUUUUUUUUUAUGUGAAAAUGUACAGUGUGUUUUUUUCUUUUUCUUGAAUGGCUGUUUUGCUUCAUAUGUGUUGUAGUAAUAUCUGUGCUGUAGUGAUUUCUUUCUUUUUUGCGUAAAUUGUUUUUGGAUCAUUGAUGUCCGUGUUCUGGAAAAAAAAGAAGAUCAAGAUCUACUGAAAAUAAAUAUAGUUUGAUAGAA